AAACCUUCGACAUUGUCUCUCUUUCUACCGAAUCGGCGAGAUCUUCAAACGCAACACAAUGUUUGAACAAGCUCAUCUCCACAUUAUCAUUGCCGGUGCUGGCCUCGGUGGCCUAGCCGCGGCAGUCUCCUGUGCACUCUCCGGACAUACAGUAGAAGUAGUCGAGCAAGCGAAGGAACUCGUCGAGGUCGGCGCAGGUCUUCAGAUAACCCCCAACGCCUCCCGACUUUUCAAGUACUGGCAACUUCCCAACUCCAUCUGGCAAGCCGCAGCUGAGCCCACGGCGCUCACCGUCCAUCGCUAUACCGGUCAGGUCCUCGCCAAUGAAGCCUCCUUUCAUAAGAAUAUCCGCGCAAAGUAUGGUGCCCCGUUCAUCGAUCUGCACAGGGUGGACCUUCAGCAAGCCCUGUAUGCCCGUGCAAAGGAGCUCGGCGUGACAUUCCAUCUCAACGAGAGAGUCGACUCGAUAGACUUUGAUACGACAACGGUCAAAACCCUAGCUGGCAAUCGGUACACCGGCGACUUGAUCAUUGCCGCUGAUGGGCUCUGGUCUCGCUGCCGAGAGUGUUUCCUAGGGAAGAAAGAUGCGCCGCUCCCCACAGGCGAUCUGGCCUACAGAAUCGUGCUAACCGCGGAUCAAAUCUCGGAUCCGGAGCUGAGAGCAUGGGUUGAGAACCCAGAGUGCCACUUCUGGAUUGGUCCUGGUGCGCAUGCGGUUGCCUACUCGCUCCGCAAUGGACAGAUGUUCAAUAUUGUCUUGCUGGUGCCUGAUAAUCUGCCUCCGGGAGUCUCCAGGCAGUCUGGGUCGGUGGAAGAAAUGCGGAACCUCUUCGAAGGCUGGGAUCCAGUUUUAAAUCGCUUCCUGAGCUACGUCGACAGCGUGGACAAGUGGAAGCUGAUGCACCACGCUGAAAUGGAACACUGGGUAAACGACAAAUCAAACCUGGUCUUCCUCGGUGACGCAUGCCACCCCAUGCUCCCCUACCUCGCACAAGGCGCCAACUCGUCUCUCGAAGAUGGCGCAGUCCUGGGCCGAUUACUCGGCCACAUGAAGAGCAAAUCGCACUUACCUCAUAUCCUCCGGCUAUACGAGAGCCUGCGGAAAUCCCGCGGCGAGGCCAUUGUCAAGGAGACUUUCAAGCAGAGACAUGAUUUUCACAUGCCAGAUGGCGAGGAGCAGAAAAAGAGAGACGAGGUCUUCUUGUCUCAACUCGGAAAGGAGAUCAAAGGCGCAUUUCCCAGUAGAUGGACAUGUCCAGAGGUGCAGCCCUGGCUUUAUGGUUACGAUGCAAUCAAAGAAGUCGAGAAUGCAGUUAUGCAGCACCCGGAAUUGUUCGCCAGGGUGUCUGGGAAUCUGUAG